AUGAAACCAUGGUACAUCUGCAUACAUUGCAACGUCUUGCGAACGGUAAAUACGCAUGGCUUCAAUCAAACAUUGAACUACAUAACGGAUUAUCUGUCAACUAAUACAAAUUAUAAAAUAACCAAAAGUUUUUUCCCAGUGAGAAUUUUUGCACUUGUGCGAAAUCCAAUCCUAUCAUCAUCAAUUGAUGGCAUCAUUAAAAAUCAUACUUAUUCAACGAAUUUAUCCAUCGCCGAAUUCGUUCAUGUUCCUUACUCGGUAUCCCUCAAUAUUUCGGACUUUAUACCACUCACUGCUGUUCCCAAUUUCGGUUGUUUAUUUGCUGAUUGGCUUGCAACCAGUCCGACGCCAGCUGGUCAUAUAGCACUCCUUCAAGGUGGUGAUUGCAAUUUUGCUGAAAAGAGUAUAAUUACUGCAAAAUACAAUCCACUUGCACUUCUAACAGGUGGGCCAUAA